GAUCCAGGUCAAGAUCAAAAUCAAGACCAUGAGUUCCACGGAAGAAGAUCAAUACUAUGAGUUCCACGGAAUAAGAUCAAUGCUACGAGUUCCACGAAAAAGAGUCAAAAAUCCAACUCGAUUAAGAACGAUUAUGAACAGAUAUAUGUAUUUGUAAUCCUAGUAUGUAUGACCAUUGUCCAAGACUAAAAAAUAAUCGAUUUAUAUUUUCAGAUUGUAGGUUAAAAAGGCCGGCAAAUCUUGAUAAAAGGAUGAAUUCCGACGAGAAGUCUUCAAUGAAGGAGUUGGAGGGAUGGAUUGAACAGCUGAUGGAGUGUAAACAACUCUCAGAGAACCAGGUUAAGGUUCUCUGUGAGAAGGCAAAGGAGAUUCUAUCCAAGGAAAGCAACGUUCAGGCGGUGAAGUGCCCUGUAACCGUGUGCGGAGAUGUGCACGGGCAGUUCCACGACCUGAUGGAGUUGUUCAAGAUUGGCGGAAAGUCCCCGGACACCAACUACCUCUUCAUGGGGGAUUACGUGGACCGUGGAUACUACAGUGUAGAGACUGUGUCUCUUCUAGUAUCUCUUAAGGUUCGCUACAGCAGCAGAAUCACCAUUCUUCGUGGCAAUCAUGAGUCCAGACAGAUCACUCAGGUAUAUGGAUUCUACGACGAAUGCUUGAGAAAGUACGGGAAUGCAAACGUGUGGAAGUAUUUCACAGAUUUGUUUGAUUAUCUCCCUCUGACCGCCCUUGUAGACAGCCAGAUCUUCUGUCUGCACGGAGGAUUAAGUCCCAGUAUUGAUACUUUGGAUCAUAUCAGAGCCUUAGAUAGACUGCAAGAAGUACCCCACGAGGGUCCAAUGUGUGAUCUACUAUGGUCCGACCCAGAUGACAGAGGAGGUUGGGGAAUUUCCCCUCGUGGAGCUGGAUAUACGUUUGGACAGGAUAUCUCCGAAACCUUCAACCAUUCAAACGGUCUUACACUUGUAUCCAGAGCCCAUCAGCUUGUUAUGGAAGGGUAUAACUGGUCACAUGAGAGAAAUGUUGUCACUAUUUUCUCGGCUCCAAACUACUGCUAUAGAUGCGGAAAUCAGGCUGCUAUAAUGGAGCUGGAUGAUACACUCAAGUACUCCUUCCUUCAGUUUGAUCCUGCUCCCAGGCGUGGAGAACCUCAUGUUACCAGACAAACACCAGACUAUUUCCUCUAAACACCAGACUACUUCCUCUAAACACCAAACUACUUCUUCUAAACACCAGACUACUUCUUCUAGAAACCAAACUACUUCCUCUAAACACCAGACUACUUCCUCUAAACACCAGACACUUUCCUUUAGAUACCAAACUACUUCCUCUAAACACCAGACUACUUCCUCUAGAUACCAGACCACUUCUUCUAAACUCCAAACUACUUCCUCUAAACACCAGACUAGUUCCUUUAAAUCUUAAGAUAUCAGACUACUUUCUUUAAGCAUCAGACUACUAAACCUUUAAACAACAGUCAAACACAAUACUAAUUCCUUUUAACAAUAGAAAAGCAUCAACAUAUUUCCUAAAAACACCAGUUAAACACUAGACAAAUUCCACUAAAAAGACUUAAGAUACGUUAAACAUCAGAAAAAAAACUGCAAAAAAUUUCUCCUCAUCCAUCCUUUUUUAUCCAAAGCCUAUUCUUUUCAUUCAAUAUCCAAACUUUAUA